GGGGGUAGGCUCGUUCCAUCAAGAUAUUAGAGGCAGUGAUUUCAAGGUUAACCACGGCAACAGUUACCGUUCAGUGAAUCUGUUGCCACGGCAACAUGGCAUAGGCUAAUUCAUUUCUUUAUUCGAUCAAAGACCCCUCGUUGGAUGCGCUGAGCGGAACCCAGAGACGGUCUCGCCUCGACGGGCCUGAAAAAAAGAAAAACACAAACAGCUUAGCUCAGCCUCCUCAUCUGGAAAAGAGAAGCCGGCUCCAGCUGCCAAGAUGAUGGAGCUGCAGAUAGACGAGGUGGUCUACCAGGACGACUACGGCUCCGGCUCCGUCAUGUCCGAGCGGGUGUCCGGCUUGGCCAACAGCAUCUACCGGGAGUUCGAGCGGCUGAUCCGCAGCUACGACGAGGAGGUGGUGAAGGAGCUCAUGCCGCUGGUGGUCAACGUGCUGGAGAACCUGGACGGGGUGCUGACCGAGAACCAGGAGCACGAAGUGGAGCUGGAGCUGCUGAAGGAGGACAACGAGCAGCUCAUCACGCAGUACGAGCGCGAGAAGGCGCUGAGGAAGCAGGCGGAGGAGAAAUUCAUUGAAUUCGAGGAUGCGUUGGAAGCUGAGAAGAAGGACUUGCAGGUCCAGGUGGAGUUUCUGGAGCUGCAGGGGAAACAGCAGGAGCUCAAGACCAAGAACUACUCGGACCAGAUCACCCGGUUGGAGGAGCGAGAGUCGGACAUGAAGAAAGAGUACAACGCUCUGCACCAGCGCCACACCGAGAUGAUCCAGACGUACGUCGAACACAUAGAGCGGUCCAAAAUGCAGCAAGCAGGGAGCAACAGCCAAUCAGAAACCCCCGGCUGUGGACGAACUCAACGCCACACAUGGAGGAAAAGCAGCAAAGCGGAUCGCCCUCCUUCAUUGAGCCUGUACCCCAGCGGCGAGGGCAUGGUACGUGGGGGUCUCGGGGGGGCUAAGAUGAUGCCCGGGAAAGACAUCUGGCAGGUCAGCGAGCUCGGACGGUCUACCUUCUGCUCAGCCCAUCAGGAGGACGGAUCAGAGUCCGACUCUGUGGCGGCGACACCCAGCAGCACGGGAAGCAAGUCCAACACGCCCACCUCCUCCGUCCCCUCCGCCACUGUCACCCCCAUCAACGAGGGCUUCCUGCCGCAAUCCGAGUUCGACGCGAUGCGCGCCGGGAACCGCAGGAAAAGUGCCAAGAGGCUCAGCCGGAAUAUGGAGGUGCAGGUUUCCCAGGAAACCAGGAACGUCAGCAUCGGUAUGGGAAGCAGCGACGAGUGGUCAGAGUUUCAGGAGAUCAUUGAUUCCACACCUGAGCUGGACAUGUGCGUGGACCCCCGACUGUACGGAGGAGGCAACAGCCCCUCACAGGGCAUAGUGAACGAGGCCUUCGGCAUCAACACCGACUCUCUCUACCACGAGAUCAAAGACGCCAAGUCGGACAUCAUUGGAGAUGUAGACGCAGGCGCCGAGCUGCUGGGGGAGUUCUCAGUUCGUGAUGAUUUCUUCGGGAUGGGCAAGGAGGUGGAGAACCUGCUGACGGAGAACAAACAGCUCCUGGAGACCAAAAAUGCUCUCAACAUUGUGAAAAAUGACCUUAUUGCCAAAGUGGACGAGCUGUCGGGGGAUCAGGAGGUGCUGAGGGAGGAGGUGGAGGCCCUCAGGCAAUCCAAGAACAAGGUGGACGCCAGAGUCAAGGAGCUGGAGGAAGAACUCAAGAGGCUGAGAGCAGAGGCUCUCGGGAUGUCCCGGGACUCCAAGGACGAAGGAGGUGAUGAUUUUUCGUCCCCCAUGCAGGACGGCGACAUGACGAUGACGCAGCGGCGGCGGUUCACCCGGGUGGAGAUGGCCCGCGUGCUGAUGGAGAGGAAUCAGUACAAAGAGAGGCUGAUGGAGCUGCAGGAGGCCGUGCGGUGGACAGAGAUGAUCAGGGCGUCCAGGGAGAAUCCUCAAAUCUCAGAGAAAAAGAAGUCCACCAUCUGGCAAUUCUUUGCGCGUCUCUUCAGCACGUCGUCCAGCCCGCCGCCCGUGAAGCGGCCGUACUACAGCGUCAACAUCCACUACAAGUCGCCCUCCCCCGCCGGCUUCUCCCAGCGACGCAGCCACACCAUGUGUCAGAUCUCCACCUCCAACCGCACGCUGGAGUUCUUCCCCGAAGAACUGGCCAGUAACAGUGUUGCGUCUCUCCUCAGCGACUCGGCACUGUUGGCCCGCCGAGAGCAGCGGCGCGAGCAGUACCGGCAGGUCCGCGAGCACAUGCGCCGCGAUGACGGCAUCAUGCAGGCCUGCGGCUGGAGCGUGCCAUCCCGCUUCAAACCGCCCGGCGGUCAGACCGACAGCGCUCAGGAAUCUCCGCUGAAGAGGCCACAGACCACUGUGGAGAAAGAGGACAACCGCAUGAAGAAUGUCCCGGUGCCGGUGUACUGUCGUCCUCUGGUAGAGAAGGACCCCAACAGGAAGUUGUGGUGUGCAGCGGGGGUGGACCUGACGGGGUGGAGGGCCACCGGCCAGGAGUUGGUGCCGGCCAAAGCACCGUCGGGCGGCAGCGACCCGCUGCACGCCGAGGAGAACGGAGCCGGCAAGAAGAGCAGCCACAGCUCGCCGGAGAAGAGGAAGUCAAAGGAGCUGCAGGAGACGGACGCCAUGAACAGUCGAGUGUGGAUCCUCACCAGCACCCACUCGGCCAGCAAGGUGGUCAUCAUCGACGCCAACCAGCCGGGCUCACUGGUCGACCAGUUCAACGUCUGCAACGCUCACGUGCUCUGCAUCUCCAGCGUUCCAGCUGCCAGCGAGAGCGACUACCCAGCGGGAGAGAUCGUGUUGGACCCGGGUGACGGAGGAGCAGGAGGUGGAGGCGACGACGCCGGCAGUGUGGAGGGCAUGUUGGCCGGCAUCACUCUCGUCGGCUGCGCCACCAACUGCAGCGUUGCCCGUAGCAACUGCUCCUCGCGCACGGACACGCCCAUACUGGACAAAGGACAAGCUCCCAGUGCUCCCAUCAUGAACGGGAAGAUCCACCCGGCCCAGUCGGCCGAGGAGGCCACGGAGGCCACCGAGGUGCCCGAGUCCACGGCCAGCAACGCAGAGCUGAGAUCUGGGCCCCCGGGACCCUUCACGGAGCACGUGUUCACCGACCCCCAGCCUCGUCUACCGGACGCCUCCGACAGAAGUCAGUCCAAAGAGGAAACAUCUCAGCCUGCGGAGUCGGAGGACGGAGGUGAAGAGAGCAAGAACUACACCAGCGUGGCCCCCACCAUGUGGCUCGGCGCCCAGAACGGCUGGCUCUACGUCCACUCGGCAGUUGGAAACUGGAAGAAGUGCCUCCACUCCAUCAAGCUCAAAGACUCGGUGCUCAGCCUGGUACACGUGAAAGGCCGCGUGCUGGUUGCCCUCGCCGACGGGACGCUCGCCAUAUUCCACAGAUCAGAGGAUGGCCAGUGGGAUUUGUCCAACUACCACCUCAUGGACCUCGGUCGGCCCCACCACUCCAUCCGCUGCAUGGCUGUCGUGCAUGACAAGGUUUGGUGCGGCUACAAGAACAAGAUCCACGUCAUCCAGCCCAAGAGCAUGCAGAUCGAGAAGUCCUUCGACGCCCACCCUCGCAGGGAGAGUCAGGUGCGGCAGCUGGCGUGGAUCGGUGACGGUGUCUGGGUGUCGAUCCGGCUGGACUCCACCCUGCGACUCUACCACGCGCACACGCACCAGCACCUGCAGGACGUGGACAUCGAGCCCUACGUCAGCAAGAUGCUGGGCACCGGCAAGCUGGGCUUCUCUUUCGUGAGAAUUACCGCUCUGCUGAUUGGUGGGAAUCGUCUGUGGGUGGGAACUGGAAACGGCGUGAUCAUCUCCAUCCCACUGACCGAGACAGUGGUCCUUCACCGGGGACAGCUCCUUGGUUUGAGGGCCAACAAGGUGUCUCCCACGUCGUCCAGUGGAGUGAUCCAUGUGUACGGGGACGACGGCUCUGAGAAGAGCACCGGCAGCUUCAUCCCUUACUGCUCCAUGGCACAAGCCCAGCUCUGUUUCCAUGGACACCGCGAUGCCGUCAAGUUCUUUGUGUCUGUACCCGGCAACGUUCUGGCCACGUUGAACGGCAGCGUGCUGGACAGUCCGUCGGAGGGUCAGGGGUCAACCGCGCCCCAGGAGACGGAGGCCCAGAGCGUUCACAACGUGUUGGUGCUGAGUGGAGGGGAGGGCUACAUCGACUUCCGUAUAGGAGACGGAGAGGACGAUGAGACGGAGGAAGGAGACAGCGGUGGAACCUCGCAGGUCAAACCCGCGUUGUGUAAAGCCGAGCGAAGCCAUAUCAUCGUCUGGCAGGUGUCUUACAUACCCGAGUGACCCCUGGAUCUGCUGUAACACCCGCUCAUCUCCUUAACGAAAUCCCUUCCUGCCCCCCAAAAAAGCUUCCAGCCAGCCAAACCUUGUAAUUAUCCCUGGUGCUGUAAAAGUUCCCCCAAGGCUCUGAAAACGACCCCUCAAAGCCGCGCACUGACCCGUGUAACUAUUACGUCCCCCCCCCCGCCCCGUCACCGUGUAACUUUAACGCCUUGUAAGUACCUCCUCCGAUGUAGUAUCUGCCUGCCAUCCUGUUCCUGUCCCACCCGGGGCCUUGUAACUAUCUUCAUGAAGCCUUGUAACCCGGCCUCAUAACUACCUCCCUCCUCUGUAUCGCUCUUAUAUUCACACUGUAUCUCCUCCUCUAUUUACCUGGAUUGUCCUGCAUCUGCCCCAGAGUUACUCCUCUUCUUCCUCCACUUAAGUUUGUCAGCUGUGAAGCCUCCACUUCCUCUUGUUGCGAAGCCCAGGGCCGCAUCAUUAUCGUACCAAUAACUAAAAAAAAAAAACUAAAAGAAAGGUACAGAAAUAUGAAUAAAAACGCAGACUUGCAUUCCCACCUGGAAUCAGAUUUCUUGUUCUAACCGCCAAUCAGAAAGCCUUGAUUGAUAACGCCAUCGUAUGUUCAAGUGGGUUUUCGGGGGAUGAGGCGUUUACAGGCCGGCAGGCUUCGACGGCGUGUGAGAGGGAGGACAGAUGGAGGCGGCGUACGGAAGUCCUGUUUUGGCUUUAACGUUCUAGCGUACAGCAAACGCGUUCGGAUCACAUUUUACAACAACAGCAUGGAAGGUCCAAAUUUAAUUUCAAGACAAAAGUUUGGGCCCUUUUUUUGUCUGUUACUCUAAAAUAUUUUGCAUCCAAUGUUGCCUAUUUAAAGAGGCUCGAUCAAUGACUUUCUACCCGGAUUAAAGAAAACCCCUCGUGAGGACGAGACGACAGACAGGAAUCAUCUGGCGACUGAUGUGAAUCAAAGAGUCAGGCGCACAGCUGGAAAAGCAGUCAAAGGGGUGUUUUUGUUUGACCUGUCGAGGGUCUCAUCCGACAACAUGUAAAGCAGAUGAUGAGCAGUGAUGUGUUGUCAUUGUGUGUACAGGGAUUAUUGUAAAGGUCCAGAGACACUGAAGCCCAUCCUCUCUGUUCAGUGUGACUUUCAUGCAUUGAUCUCUUAUUUGUGUGGAUUAAAUAUUAAACAUAUUUGUGUGCUGACGAAA